UUUAGUGCAAUGAUGUUGGCGUACGCCGCGUCUACUAGUAUAAUAGGUCAUUGAAGAAAACUGAUUGUACUAAUCCGAAGUUGAUUUGCAGUUUGCACUUCCAAAAAGGUACAUUUGGUUGAGGGACCUGUGCACUGUACGCGUGUGAUGGCGUGUGCAUUUAGACAAUGUGACCAAAUACUUUCGGUUUGGGAUGUUUGUUGCAACCAAUCAUUUAGAUUUCGUAAUCAAUGCGUUUUUACGAGAACCCUCGUAUCAACAUACAGCCUUAUUAAUUAUUUAAGUAUAACUUAUUGAAAUUUGAUGUCUCACAAGUGAUGAGUAUUUGCUACAAAUUGUUGAGUCUAAGGUCGCUUUCCUGUUGGAUCUCUACAAAAAGUCUGGAUGUUGUAAUAUCGAACACUAAAGCCGGGCAGUGGCCAGUGCGUAGAUUGGAACUCGAACACAACCGGCUGCGCAGUCGCGCUUCAGCUGUAAGUAGUAAGUUAAAUACUACAAUGUGACUGGUCUUUAAUUUAUAAGCAGGUUUAACUAGAAUUGAGAUAUUGGGAGCAGUGAUAGUAAUAAAUGCAGCUGCUCGUCCACAUUUCGCUGAUAAUUCUGUAUGUUUCUGAAUGAAAACGAUUGCAAUGAUUCAAGUUUUCGUAUAUGCCAGUGGCCACAUCAUACAUACAGUACUAGAUACAUCACUAGAUUGAAGUAUCGACAUAAGGCCUACAAUUCUGUAUACGUUUCCUUCAGUCACGUAGUUUUUAGGUCCGUCAGGCAAGUAACCAUUUUUGCCAUAUUUAAAAAUAUCAAGCGACGAAAUAUUGAUGGUAACUUUUUGAAAUUAGAUGUAUUAUCAAGAGGUUAGCUCGUGUCAUGUCGAAGGGUAAUUAGGUUAAAAGUGGGAACUGUGCAUUACGGGUAAUCCAUUACUCCACACGCGGGCGGGGCGGCCGACCAGCCACUGACUCACGUCUCUGGCGACGCUCGCUCUUAGGAAUUUACGCCUUUGUCUCAUUAUAUGGGAUUUCAUUAGAUUACAAUAUCGUAAUUAAAAAAGAAAGCUUCACGAGUACAGAAACGAGACCCAAUUAGGUUCGUGGCGGGUCGAUUGGUACAUGCGAAUGUCUUAGAUGAAUGCGCGAUAGUUAGCUCCGACUGCACAAUAUUCCUCGUAAUUCACGUACUUGGGAAAUAUUUGAAUAGGUAUUUAUUAUUAUUGGUUGAGUAAAUCGUUCUGAUUGCGACCUUCUUCGCGUUUUUUAUUAGCACUUUUAUCGUGUUAGUUCACUCAAGGUUUGGCAAUCGAUGCUUAUCCAAUAUUAAUUAGAUGGAAAUAUUGGCUUAUUGAACAUUUUUAUUUGAAAAGCUGUGACGAUGUACUUAAUGGUAUAUAAACCAAGGAUAAUACUGACUUUCCGAGCUCUGAAUCACUUGAGACCUGAAUGAGAAACGGAAGGCUAAUCGACACAUUUGAGAAACAUUGGCCACUGACACAAAUGUGAAUGCACCGCAUCUCCCCUCAAACUUAGCAACUUAUAUUCUUGCAUUGGUCUUCUUCUGUUGAUUAAAAUACUUCUUAAUGAAACGCAUUCUUAAUUUUAAACAAUGCAUUUAAAGUAAGGUGAUGAACAAUUGACAGCUCCAAUUACUCGUGUUAAUUAACCGCUUGUUGAAAACGCUGCGUUGAAUUUAUGCAAGCACCGUAGGAACCUACUAUCAAUCUAAAUAACCCAUUUAUUUUGAUUUAAAUCGAUUGAAAAUAUAACGUAGCUCGGAAUUCCAACUAACAUAUGGAUACAAUAUUUCCCGAAAUAAUAAAAAUAAUAUUAGUUGCUUGUUUAACGGAUUACUAACAAAAAAUAAUAAUAAAAAGGUGCCAGUUUAACGGAUGUAAAUUAAAAUAUCAAAAACGUGUAAUUAAAUCCUCAAGUUUAUCUUUUAUAUUGAAAAAUUUGUCCUAUGAAUGCGACUUUGGGCUAGUAAAAAAAAAUCAUGAAUGGAUUUACCAUCGAAUGUAUUAUAAAUAUAAAAAUAUAUGCUCCUAAAUGUGUAGCAUGAGCAGAUGGGAUCAUGGGAGGGCGCGGCGGGCGAGCGCUCACCGUGCUCGCUUGAGCGGGUAAUGUGUAGAUUGGCGUUCUAUUGUCGCCAGAUGUACGAAUUUUCCACACGCGACCGUCAAGCGUUUUAUAAUUGUUUUAUCACGCCCCAUUUCAUUUCAAUAUUUAUCAUGAAUUCCACAAUUGAAUCGAUCGCAUCGAACGUUGCUACAAUGUGCGCAGUAAAAUAUUCCUUAGAGGCUUAGACGGAUCCAUCUGCACGAGUCGCGUUACGUCAAGAUGAAUUAAUUCGACGAUGAUGUAAUUACAGGAAAUCCUUUUACCCGUUCGCUUAGUAAAACAUGGUGCAGAACAUUAUAAAAAUGUAAAAAUGGAGGCCGAAACCAGAUAGGUUAUCAAUGACAAAGCCGCCGCCCGGAAGAUAGUCGUGACACGAUUACAAUUUAGAUAUUAAUUACACUCGCACUGAUUGGGCACCGGAUUGGCAAGUCGUGGCUCCGUGCGGCGCGCAUCCUCGGCCACGGCCGCCGCAAGGCUGUCGCUGUUGUGCUGACUGCUAACUGCUACCCCGCCGCGCGUGGGCCGCAGCCCGCAACUGUUCACAGGUGAAUGGAUUCGAGCCGCGAGACCUUUCGUGCCAGGCUCUCGCGAGCAUAUAAGGGCGUGAGUGUCGGGCGGCGCGGCAUGUGGCUCGCGACGGGCGCGGUGCGGCGCUCGCACGCGCUGGCGCUGGCCGCCCUCGGCGCGCUGCUGCUGCUGCUGCUGGCGGCGCGCGUGCCGCCGCCCCCCGCGCCGCCGCGCCCCGCGCCCUACGCGCCCGCGCCCUACGCGCCCGCGCCCUACGCGCCCGCGCCCUACGCGCCCGCGCCCUCCACGCCGCGCGCCAACACCACCACCGCGGCGGCGGCGGCGGCGUCCAGCGCCACGCCGCGCCCCACGACCCGCGCGCCCACGGCCGCGCCGCGCCGCGAGCCCGGCGUGGUGCUGACGCGCGACCUGUACGAGGCGGGCCACGAGCGGCCGCACCCCGAGCUGUGCCCGGCGCUGGGCGCGCGCGUGCAGCUCGUGGUGCUGGUGACGUCGGCGCCGGGGCACCGCGCGGCGCGCGACGCCGUGCGGCUCACGUGGGGGCACUACGCCGCGCGCCGCGACGUGGCCUUCGCGUUCGUGCUGGGCGCGCCGCCGGCCGAGCUGCGCGCGGCGCUGGACGCGGAGGACGCGCUGUACGGCGACCUGGUGGUGGGCCGCUUCGUGGACUCGUACUCGAACCUGACGCUGAAGACGCUGUCGAUGCUGGAGUGGGCGGACACGUACUGCCCGCGCGCGCCGCGCCUGCUCAAGACGGACGACGACAUGUUCAUCAACAUCCCGCGCCUGCUGCGCUUCGCCGCCGCGCGCGCCAACGCCACCAACACCAUAUGGGGCAAGGUGAUAAAGAAGUCGCUGCCGAAGCGCACGACCAAGUCGAAGUACUACGUGUCGCCGGCGCAGUUCCCGGGCAAGGUGUUCCCGGACUUCGCCACGGGCCCGGCGUACCUGGUGACGCGCGACGCGUGGGGCGCGCUGCUGGCGGCGGCGUGGGGCGAGCGCUACCUGCGGCUGGAGGACGUGUUCGUGACGGGCGUGCUGGCGGCGCGGCGCGGCGUGCGGCGCCGCCACGCGCCCGAGUUCCUCAACAAGAAGGUGGCCGCGCACCCGUGCGCGGUGCAGCGGGCUGUGUCCAUACACAUGGUGCAGUUCCACGAGCAGUUCGACCUGUGGCGCAAGCUGCUCGACGGCAAGACCAAGUGCGCCAGCUAGCCGCUAGACGAUCACUUCCCGGAACGACUCCCCACUUGGAUCAAUUUUAUUUUAUUUACAAUUAUCGACAUCUAUUUGACUGAGUUUUAAUUCUCAAAAAGUGUCCUCGAUCGCCAUCCGGCUCGAAGGACCGACGGGGCCGCGGCGACCGAACGCAGAUUAGAUAUCCGUCGAUGUCUAUUGAGUUGGAAACUCGAUUAUUUGUCAAUAUAAAUAAUCAAGCUUACGACUGUGCCUAUUAGGCCUCGAUGUGAUUGCGUUUACUUAAUUAUCACAUAUCGUGAUCUUUUAAUUUUUAUAUUUAUUAUUGUUAUUCGUUGCGAUAUCAAACGAGCCGACGGAUUAUAUUUUUGGUAUAUAUUUUAUUAUAAAUUUUCCAGUGUGAUGCACAUGUAGAUUUUAUGUUAAAUUAUUUUUUUACAAUACUCGUCCUCCUUACGUUUGAAAUAAAAUUUUUCAUAUUUAUAACAUAAGUAAAUAUUAUACUCGAUACGGGGCACAGAAUAUUCGAAAAUUUCGUACAAAAGUACGCAACUAUGAAUCUAAAAGUGUCGUGUGAGACAACGACGGACUAGUCAACCGUGACGAAUUAUGUUCAUCUUACCUCAAACACGACGAGCGUGGAUUCUCUACAAUUUUCCUCAAACUAGUUUGUACUACAGAAACUAGACAGCUUGCACCGUAAACCAAUAUAUUCAAGGACAGUUUGUAACUUGUAUCUGUUUUUAUGAACUGAAAAAAAAUUAUUAUAUAUGAAGGUAGAGCUAACCUGUGAAAAGUGUGUUUAAACAUUGCAAACAUUCAUUUUCACCAAACGAUAUUAGUACCUACAUUGUAUUUUCUAUCUCUAACCGCGUAUGGAGGUGUCGGAGCCUCGAUUGAUUUGACACCGAUAAUAUUGGAAGCUCAAAGCCACGCUCUUGUGUUUGAAUUUAUUGUACUCUAUUUCAGUAGCGGCGGAAAAUGUUAACGACGCUUCGUCUAAAUCGGUUUAGCCAUGAAAUAUAUUUACUUUUAGUGUAAAAUUAUAAACUCGUUGUCGUUUUCCGCCGCAGUCGGUAGAACCGUAAGUACGUUAAGGAAAGUGCCGUGACAGCAACAGCGAUACAAACGAUAUGCCAUAAAGAGAUUUUUGUCCUGAAGCGAUCAAAUAUUUUGAUAAAGUUUUUUUUUUUGCUACGUGGCUAUGUUUUCGUCUCGAUGGUUAGGUUUUCUCUGUAUAUAAACUAUUGUUUUCAUGUUUUUGACAUGAAUAAUUUUAAGUUAUUUUCGUUCCGUCUCUCGAACUUUCUAUAAAGAAAUUAUUAUGAUGAGAUUUUUUGGUUCUUAUCAAGUAUGACAAUGUACAAUUUAGUACAAUACUAAUUUGUGUAUUUCCAAUUUUGUGACAUUGAAAUUUAUAAAUUAAAUACUCUCGGUGUAUCGAUAUUUUUUAUAUUUAAUUGUAAGUUGAUGUUUCAACGUUUGAGUGAGAGAGACGGAACGACGGGCGUCUUGCUCUCCGCGCGUGUUUCACAAAGUAUUUUAUUUUUUAAGUUUUCGUUUUUAACGCGCGCUGAGCGACCGAGCCCUUUACUGAGUUGAGUGGCGGCUGUCGAAUUAUUAUUUUUUUAUACUUACGUUGUAACGUAAAUAAGCUGCAGUGUGUCUCCAUUUUACGUUGUCUAUGUAACGAAUGUGUACGCAGUCCGCAGAUCGGUAGUAAUGUCACAAAUAACGAAGUGAAAAUAAAAAUGCGUUUUAAAAGAUAAGUGGAGCGUAAGGAACAUUUUUUUAUCAAUUUGACUAGUAGAACGUACCACUUCAAAAUAUGUAGAACAAAAGUGUCUAUAUAAAGUCAUGCAUAUUUAGCAGAAGGAACAAUGUAUGUUGUGUAUACUGUAUGUAUUGUGUGUGUUCAGUUCGGAGACAGCACAACGAACGUUGUGGCGACAACGAUCUUAUUAACUGUUAAAGGCAGAGCAAGUACAUGUAAAUGUAUAGUUUUAUUUUGUAAAAUUUUACAUUUUUAUUAAUACUCGAGUAGAACAAAUAUUUUUUUGAGCGCUGGGAACGGAGACACAUCAGCUCCUCGCUGACACACGCCUACAGCUUCGACAACUACCGCUACGGUAUACAUGCAAAUUUUAUUCAUUUUAAAGUCUUAUCCAAAGGACCGUUCUAACUUUAUUUUGAUAGAUAUUGUCACAAAAGUAUUGUUAUAGUGCUCAGGUAUCGCGUAGCGGUGCGAGUGUCGCGGAACGUUGCGGGCGUCUGUACUCUGCAUAUAUACCUAGGUAAAUAAUGUAACAGCGCGCUUUCUCACUUUCCGUUGACCAAUUUCCGCGAAAAUGAGAUUUGUACCUAAAUGUUGUCAAUGGAGUUCACACGAGUGAGAGCGCUGCGUAACCGUAUAGUGUAAUCGAAUGUUUAUUGAACAUUUAUAAAUUUCAGCUGUAAUGAUUCUGAUGUAAAUAUACGUAUUGUAAUGUG